GCCACGAUUUUACGCUGCAGUCGAUACUCGAACCUAGCCGUUGCAACAGCCAUCUAGCGAUUGAUUUAUCUGGGACGAAUUGGAUUUUAAUUUGAGUCAUCAUGCAUUCUACUUCAUUAUUCGUCGCUGCCUUAGUGGCCGCCGCCUCGUUGGCUACCGCAGAAACUGAAAAUAGACCGAAGAUCUAUUUCCCACGACAUGUAAAGAGGCAGUACACUAAUCACACGAUUACGAGUUCGGCAUCGAGGAGUAUCCAAAGCGAUACGGUGGAUUCAACGACUCAUUCCGAGACUAAGAAGGACUCAAUAUCCGAUCUCUUGUCUAGCCUCCUUUCAGGGAUCGAUCCCAGCGAAUCGACGACAACGACUUCGUCGGACGUUACCAGCGCAAGCUCCUCGAUCAGCGCAUCUUCAACAUCCGAAUCCGAAUCCGAGUCUCAAGGGACAGCGACGACAUCUGAUGCAUCUAGCUCAGCUAGCACAUCUGGCUCAUCUGGUAGUGUUGGGUCCACCGGAGGAGUGCCUCCGCUAAUCUCCUUGCCAACGCUCAGCUUGGAUCUUCCGUCUCUAUUGCCCACUUCGGAUGCAGAGACGGCAUCUGUCUCUGCCAACUCAACCGUCUCCGCGACUGGAACUGCUACGGGGACUACUGCUGAAGUUUCGACAACGGGAGAGGCUACCAAUGGCACUGCCAUCGAGACUGCAAGCGACUCUACGGCCGUACCCUCCACGACUGUACCUUCUUCGUCUUCAGGCAUUUUAAUUGCCCCCACGGGCGUUGUGACCCAGAGUUCAACCAGCUCAAGCGGUGGAUUACUCGGUGGUGUGACUAGUCUUGUUGGUGGAGUUACGAGUGCAGUGGGAGGUGUUACGAGCGCUGUUCUCCCGACGGCCUCGGCCUCGGCCAAUGCAACGGAAUCGAGCACGGAAUUAGGCACCGAUGCCUCCAGUGCAAUUACCACCAGUUCGGACGGUGGAUUGUUGCCAUCUCUGUCUCUGUUGCCCUCAAGCCUCAGUCUUUUCCCGACUACCACAUUCCCUGGCACUGCUCCGACUGCGUCGUCUACCUCAAGCUCUACAGCGCCUCUCCUCUCGCUGCCACCUCUCCUGGGCACUGGAUCAUCGUCAAGCUCUGCGUCAAGUUUUGCGACGACAAGCUCUGAGACGCCACUGAUAUCGCUACCACCUCUAUUCGGUACCGGUUCGUCGUCGAUAGCAAUUCCGACAUCGAUCGCUAAUACCACGGAUUCAACUAUCCUCCCUACCGUUCUGCCCACAGAGUCCCUCAGUCUUAGCUUGCCUUUGCCCACGCCCACUGUGAUUCCCAGCAACACUACUACGUCAUCGGUUGAGCCUGUCACCACUCCGGUCACUUCGCCAACUGUUCCACUUAAUACUACCACCUCGGCAACGGAAGUCCCUAUUACGCAGUCCUCGUCCUCAAGCGUUGUCACGGUCCCUCUUAACACAACCACUCCCUUGACCUCCUCUGCUGAACGUACGACUGUUCAACCCACCAGCACUUCGUCGUCGACGGUCUACUCAACGAGUGUUGCCCCCUCAACCACAUCCUCGUCUACGACUGCACCCAUAUUCACGAGUAUUCCUGUGAUUGGCACAAUUACUGAUUCCCAGUCUUGGCUCCCCACUACGAUUAUUGUCCAGCCCUCUACCAGCACCUUCAGCACAACUGGACAACCUACGGCGACAGGAAUUCCGACAAGCCUGCCCAAGGCUAUUACACCAUGGACGGCAUCUCCUGCUCAACCCCCAGACACGACUCUUAUCCAGAUUUCGUUCCUCUUUGGCGAGAACUAUCAGCAUCUAGUGGAUGAGCCUCUGGCCGCUUCUCAGAUGUUCAAUCUCCUUCCACAGGGACUUGCGUACGGCGGUGGCUAUGACGUAGGGAGAAUUCAAAUGUACAGCAUUAAGCCUUACGAUACCAUCUCUCGUUUAGGUUACAUUACUUCUCAAGCCAUGGUAUGGUAUCCCACGGAUGGAGUUUCCAAGCUUAGCCAAGAUAUCGGGUACCCGACGACCGCUCUCUACAACAGCCCUGACUCUCUAGUACGCAACUUGACCAGCCAGAUCAACCCCGCUAUCGGUAUCAUGCCUGGUUCUACACUAGAUGGUGCUACCGGUUCUACUGGAGGCAGUGGAUCAGACCCGUCUGACACUGGUUCCGCCAAUAACGACCCGUUCGACACCCAGGGUCCGGGAGAGCAGACAACUAGCGCGCAACAGGGCGUCACAGCUGGUAUCGCCGUUGGUGCGGCUAGCGUUGCUGGUGCUUAUGGCGCCGCCAUGUUUAUCAUCGCCCGCCGCUACAAGCGCAAGAAGCAGAGACACCAGAGGAGCAGCUCCAUCAACUCGCCCUCCGAGAUGCGUCAAGCUGGAAGCCCGGCUCUGAUGGGUGGUGCGUUACUGAGUCGGGAUUUUACGAGCAACCCUGGUUACGGUGGAGUUGUAGGAAAUACGCGCGAUAGUCAAGGAAGUGGGAGGAGUGGAAUGAACAGCUCAGCACGCACCGCUAACAUUUCGGCGCCAGUCGCAGCUGAGAACUCUCUUGGCUGGAACUGAGCGAACGUAUACGACCUGCACGUCACAUCCGUUUCAUUUUAGUUAUAGUUCGAUACCCAUCCAGAAGGCGUUGCCUGUUUUGAACAGAAGCCACUGUGGGCGGCCUGCCUAAGGAAUUGCGACCCUUUGUGAGCAUUC